AUGGCCGCGCUGGUCCGCGCGUGCGCGCUGGCGCUCUGCGUGCGACGCGCGAGCGCGCUGGGUCCCGCCGUCGGCGUGGGCGGCGUCGCGCUCGGCGGCUUCUUGGGCUGGGCCUUCCAGGGCGUGGGCCCGAGCCCCGAGGCGCGGGCCGCCAUGGACGCGAACCCGCCGGCGGCCGUGCCGGCGCUCGACGGCCUGCUCUUCGGGUGCGGCGCGCCCGAGGUCGCGCUCUACUGCGGCGCCAAGGUCGCGCCGGCGUCCUACGCGCCGCUGGCGUGCGCCGUGAGCGACGAGCUCGGCGGCGCCGGCGUCCUCGUGCUCCAGUCGCCCUUCAACGUCUACGCGUUCAAGCCCGCCCGGGUCGAGGCCGUGCUCGCGGCGUACCCGUCCGCGACCGCGCGAGGCUAG